AUGCGGCGCCACGGAAGAGCGGAAUGUGAUCCCGAUAAAAGCUUAGGCGGGCAUGUCAAAUUAAAGAGAUUGCACGCAUUUGUGCUGGACAAGCUGUGUGAGCUGGCUUAUGAAGUGCACACCCUUCACCGCAUUUGGUACAAAGGGGCAGCCCAGUACAGACACAUGGUAUGGUGGCGGCCUCUUCAGCGCGUAAAAAGGCUCGGUGCGCUCGUUGCCACUGGUCCACUUUCAGAGAGUGUUCCAUUAGCUCGUCAGACGAGUUUGCAGCAUAAACGUCCCCGAGGCGCAGCUCCUGAGCUCCAAGUACUCGGCGUGCAAGCACUGGCAGCCAUAUCGGCAGUGUAUGCUGCGUGUUGGAACGAGCAAGCCCCCGAGUAUUGGCAGGUGCUGCCAAAGCAUACGACACCACCAAAUUCACAUCAGCGAAUUGACUCACGUAUGCAGUCACAAACAUAUGAUGCAUUAACGCGCUUGUUGGAUACCCUCAUGAAUAUGAAGCAAGCGAGUCGUGUGUGCUAUGCUCGCAGUCACGCGCAUCUGGUAACACCGCCCGCGCCAAUGUAUGCGCCUACGUGCAUGGCACUUAUGGCAAUCUGUGCGCGUAUAUGUACAUUGUGUGAAUUGCUGGUUCGAGGACAAGGACCGAACGAAGGGAUAAAGGCAUGGUGUCGUGUAUUAUCGCAAAAUGAAUUGAUCCUAUGA